GUCAUUGUUUUGGCUAACAACAAUCAUGGCGACGUGAAGCUAGCUUGGCCUUUGAAGAUCAAGUGAAACUGAGCUCUGAGUGACAGUCAGUUGUUAAGCCGAAGAAUUACAACAAAAUUAUUCAAAUGCCUAACGAAACAAAUGCAGAGGAAAAAAUGGAGCCAGAUGAUGAAGAGCUUCAAGAACUUUACAAAUGGCUUGACGAAAUUCCGUUGAGCAGGGUGAAGAAAAAUGUCGGCAGAGAUUUCAGCGAUGCAGUUCUAAUAGCAGAAGUUGUCCAUCACUUUUAUCCUCGUAUGGUUGAGCUCCAUAAUUACACUCCGGCAAGUUCAUCGACACACAAGAUUGAGAACUGGAAAUUACUGAACAGGAAAGUGUUGGCCAAAUUGAAUUGCCAAGUACCAGAGAGAGAUAUUCGUGGUUUGACAACAGCCAAGGCUGGUGCAGCGGAAUUUUUCUUGAUCAAGCUCAGACAGAGAAUAGAAGCUUUACAUUUGAAAAAGAAGAGUCAACAAGCUAAUAAAGCACAGAUGUCCCCUGAUGGUUAUCUAGAUGGGAUGGAGGUUGGUUCUGUUCCCGCCAGACCACCAAAAGUUCACAAACCUGGUGCUGGAAGACCCCCAAGGGCAGCUGCCCCAGCCCCUAAAGCUCCCACAGUGCUGAAACCUCCACCACAGGGCUUCAAUGAUCCAAGAGGAGCUUCCUAUAGACAGCAACUGAAUGGAGGGAUAGAACCUGAGUUAGCACCAGCCGUUAGGAUGGUCAUAGAACAAAAAGAACAAGCAUUACUCGCAUCACAAGAAACAGUGCAGAUUUUACAAGCAAAGGUGAGGCGAUUAGAACAUCUCCUGAAAUUGAAAGACGAUAGGAUAGAGGAGCUGAUGAAAUCGGUGCAGAGGGCGCAAGGACAUUACUGAACAAUGUAUGCUCUGUCAAGUCUAGCGGGUCUGAGUAGAGUACAGGCAAUACGGCAAUAAUAAAUAGAAUUGUUCUGUAAUCAUUCUAGCACAGAGAGAGAGAUAGAAAGAGAGAGAGGGUGCUUUCACAUUUGGUCGUGCGACUGCUUACAACUGUUGCGAUUCUGUGCAACAUAUAUUGUGACCAAAUUAUCGCAAACGAUCACACGAGCAACUGUGAAAGCCCCUUAAGACAGACUAGGCAUAAAAUGGGGAAUAAAUUAGAAAUACAUGUACAUGUAAUUAAAGGGAUAGAGAGAGAGGGGGGUGGAGUAAGAGAGAAACUGAAAUUGAAAAAACAUAUCUAGGACUCUGCAGGAAGGAAAGUAAUGCAAACUCAUGGAAUAUAAAAGAAAUAUCAUUCAAAAAAUUAUGUUUUGUACUUGAAAUGUAUAUAAAGGUUUAUGAAUUUACUUUUUAAAUAGAUGCUCCAAGCUGAAAUUGAUGUGAUUUGAAAUAACUAGAGUGAAGUUGAAUUGAAGGAAAACGCCGAACUGUUAUUAAAAUGAAAAAUAAAAAAAAUAUGGGUUCUUGAAUUUUCAACUUUUAAGCCCAGCGCACACUGUGAGACCCCGAUGUGAUGCAACUUUUUAAUGAAUGGCAUUUUGCAUAAAAUAUGAAAGUUUCAAGAAGUAAAAUUAUUUUGUUUGAAGUUAGGAAUAAUAAAAUAAUUGCUGCAAGCCCUGUGGUCGGAGUAAAGUCCACUUUGGCUUCAAGUCGCAUCCGAGGAUGACGUCAUUACAUUUUGAAAUUGAAUUUGCAUUUAUUUUUACAGGGAGGCUUGAACUUGACUGAAUUUUGAUUUUAGUAGUCCUUAUGCCAAUUACAGAAAGAGUUGCAAUCAAUUGCAACUCUAAAAAAAUUGCGCAACUUGAUUUUCUACCAAUCAACAGCAUGCAUUUCGGACUUGCGAUUGAUUUUUUGACUUGCGUUUAAACGCAACUCUUUCUGCAACAGACUCCUUGCACUAUUCUGAACUCUGAUCGCCAAAAGUUUAUCAGCUGGAAUGUUCAUCUCAAAUGUUAUUACAAUUUCUUUGAAAUUCUGAUCGCAAUGAAUUGCAUAGUGUGCGCCGGGCUUUAUACUCUCUGAGAUCCCAACACGUUUCAUGUGACUUGUCUGCAACACACAAAUUAAUCCACAUGGCAUUUCAUGACAAUUUUCUCUUAAGUGUCCCACAUCUUUUCUAUGACCCGUGCACAUGAAAUUUUGCACACACAGGUCUCGAGCUAAAGAUGUGCAAGACACAAUUUUCGCAUUUGUCAGAAAUUGUAUUGAUAUGGUAACCACUAUUAAAACCCAAAAAACUCAUUAUUGGAUCAAAGUACUUCCCCAGUUUUCAGUCAGUGCUCAUGAAAUUUGGCUCAAAUAUUCAUCUUGGGGUAAAAAUGAUUUAAUAUUAGUUGUUUUCAAAGUCUGCACUCCUGCUCUGUAGAAUUGCAUAAUGCAGACAAGACUGCCAGAUGUAAUUCAAAUCUUUCUGUUUCAGCCUGGAGUAUCUAUCUAUGUAGUUUUAAAGUGUUAAGGCAAUUUGUACAUUACAUGAAUAACUUAUUUCAGGGAUAUUAUAGCGAUAGAUUCUGUGUCUGUAUGAAUAGAACUAAUUGUGAUAUAUUUAUUUUUAUUCACCUUGAUCUCUGUUAAGGCUACAUGUAUGUUGCAUGUGCAAUUGGUACAAAUUGUGAUCAAAUACCUAUCUAAGUCAAUAUUUUAAUCUAUUUUAAUAAUUCAGAUUUCUUCUUCAGGCUUAAGAUAAAUGUCCUAUUGAUGUCAGGCUAGUGACUUUAUUGUCGUAUUUGUAUGAAAAUUUUUAUUUAUAUACAAUUUUUUAAGCACUACAGACACGUAUUUCAUUUGGAUCUAAAGAGAUUUAUGGGAUUGAGAAGGUAUAUUUCCCCCUCGAUAUAGAAUCCUAAAUGUCUUGCCAUUUAGCUUUAACUGUAGAAGUCAUACAGUAACAUUCAUAUCUGAAUAUUAUAUGUGUGAAUGUACAUUUCCAAAAGCGUUCUAAUUUAAUGAGAAAUAAUGUAGCAGUAGGCUUUUAAGUGUGAUUAGAAUUCCUAUUUGGUAUUUAAGAAAGAGAUCAUCUUAAUAAUUCAUAAUGAAAACACUUUAAGCAAGUUCACAAGUGGAGGUUUUGUGGCUCAGUGGAUAAAUCUCGACUUUGAAUCCACAAGGUCUUGAGUUCUUAACAUGUAACGGAUCAAGAAUGAUUACCUUUUUAAAGGGGAAGUUCACCCUGAGAAAAAUUUGUUGUAAAAAUAGUAAAAAAUAUUGGUGAAGGUUUGAGGAAAAUCCGUUAAAGAGUAAGAAAGUUAUUAGAGUUCAAAGUUUUGGAUUUGUGACGUCAUAUACGAGCAGCUGCCCCAUGUGUUAUGUAAUAUAAAAUGCAUGAAUUUCAAAUUUUGUAUGGUUCCUGAUGACUUAAUUAUGUUUUCUAUUCAUGAUCGGGUGUGAAAUGAUUUGUCUAUUGAUAUACAAAAGGUACAGUGAAAACCAUUUUUAAUUUUCUGAGAAAAUGACAUUUCAUUGAUUUUUUACCAUUCGCUGUGUAGGAAUGCUGCUCGCAUGUGAUGUCACAAAUCAAAUAAUUGAAAUUCUAAUAACUUUUUAAUUAUUUUAUGAAUUUUUCUCAAACCUUCGGCAAUAUUUUUUAUUAUUUUUUCUGCUAUGUUUACAAUGAACUUUUUGUCAGGGUGAACUUCCCCUUUAACUGUUGUUAAAAUGGUGGAAUCUUGGUGUAGUGGUUAUGAAUUCUGCCUCUUUAUCUCAGGGGUAUGGGUCCAAAUCAUGCGUAAAUUUACUUCAAUUUGUACUGAAUUUCAACCAAGGUUAGGUAAAUGGGAACCUGGCAGGAAUUAACAUUUAUUCCUUGAAAUGCAGAGUGAAUGCUACUUGUGAAAGCUCGGGUAAUUACUAUGUAUAAUUAAAGGGCCCUUAGCUACUUCUGCAAGUAUUAGGUAUUAUAAUAUUAUUUUGUUCCAUUUGCUGUAUUGUCUUUUUUUAAUGCAAUUUAAACUCUACUGUGCUUUGUUUGUAUGACUGAAAAUUAUGAUUGAAAUUAAGUGAAUUUCAUGAUCAUAUCAUUUGUGUAGAAUAGUCAACAAGCCACCUGCCAUGUCCUGUAAUUUGCUAGUCCUCUCAUACACAAUUAUAUCUUUUAGAAUUCAAUGUAGACCAUUGUAAAGAAAAGAGCUAAUGAGCAUGCUUGAUUGAAGGCUACACAUGUGUUGAAUUUAUGGCGAAAAUAGUCAUAUUGCCUGGUUGCCAAAUAAAAAGAAGACACACCCCCCCCCCCCCCCCCCCGAGGUUGUAUAAAGUGCUAUUAAAAAGAUAAAGUUGCUAAGUUUCAAAUCAACUUUUUAUUGGGGUAAACUUCCCCUUUUAAAACAAAGAUGUCACUUCGUAACAUGCAUAUGUUUUAGGAGACAUUUUAAGUACGAUCUGCAAAUUCACAACUCUUCAUGUUCUCAGCAUAAUUGAAAGUUAAUACUAAUUUAAUUUUGCUAAUUUAUGAGUUAUGAGCAUUUUAAUUUCGAAAUCACUUAUACUAAUGAGAUCCUCCAAUUGGCAACAUGACCAAGUUUUUUGAUGUCACAGAAGUACAACUCUCCCUUUUUUACACUGAAAUAAUACCCCAAAACAUUUAUUUUUCUAAUUUCUAAUGAUAUUACAAACUCUUUGUCCAUGAUAAAUUUUAUGAAACCUCUAUUACAUGACCUCCCCUGAAAAAAACACACCUGAUCUAUGGAUAGACUUGAUAAAGUGAGAAUUUUAAUGAAAUAUAUAGAAGAGUAAUUGGGGAGUUGUACAAGUGUGACUGACAUCACACAUUUUGGUUGGUCGCAUUGCCAAUGGGAAGAUGUCCUCAUUAUUACUGAACUCAACAUUGAAAUGUUCACAACUUUCAUAUUCCUUUGUUCAGUUUUUCUCAAACCUUCAUUGAUUUGUUUCUUUGAUUUUUCUGUUGUCACUCAAGCUAACUUGUUCCUUUAUGAAACACAAUGGUGCAGGUUGUAUUCUGCCAAAAUAAAAUGUUCUGUGUAAAUAAUAUAAAAUCAUUUUAAAAAGAUUCACCUUCUCGUAUGUAUUUAUGUAAGGUAUGUACAUUAAACCUUGAACAGAAAAACUUCAA